CACGCCUCCUCUCCUCGCGCUCCGACGUCAAACUGGGCCAGCUCAGACCCCGCCCCUUCGCCCAGGGAGGCUGCGCAUGCGCCCUCGGCGGGAUCGGGGCGGGGCUUCUGUCGUUCACGUGAUCCCUCCCGGGGCGAGGUCACGUGCCGCAUCAUGGCUGCGCCCAGGCGCCUCUUCCGGAUGCGGCGGCGGCUGCUCCUCCUGCCCUUGCUGGGCUUCUGCCUGGCGGCGGCGGCGGGAGGCAACAGCGGGGAGCUGCCGGCGGUGUGCGGCGGAGGCUGCUGCCCGGGGCGCGUGCGGAACGGCUCCGCGGUGGCCGCGCAGUGCGCCUCCAGGCCGGGCGCUCGGCUGCGGGGCCGCUGCUGCUGCUCGGGAGGCCAGGCCGCCGCCGCCGCCGCGGUGGUGCUGGGGUGAGUCCGGCCCGGGAGGGAGCCGGGGGGCUGCAGCCAAAGGAAUCCCCGCCGUGUUUGAAAAGGGGACCCUUCCCGGACAUGAUUCAGUUUUUAGCGGAGGGAGGGAUGAAGACGCAGGUCUCUGUCACCGAAUCGGAUGUCAGCAUGCCGGGAGGGGCGCUGCUUUCUGUUAAUGUGUGGUUUUUAUGUCCUGGAUGCUUUAGUUGAGAUUCCUACCUCGCAGGAAUUUGGACUGGAUGACCCUUGGGGUCCCUUCCAACUCUACUAUUCCAGGAUCUAUAAUUCUAUGUAUCUUGUGCUUUUAUGCUGGGUUUUAGAAUCAUAGAAUGGUAGAACUGGAAGGGACUCCCAAGCAUAGCUGUCAACUUUUCCCUUUUCUUGCGAGGAAUCCUAUUUGGAAGAAGGGAAUCUCCCUUAAAGAAAGGGAAACGUUGACAGCUAUGGUGCUCAAGGAUCACCUAGUCCAAGCCCCUGCAAUGCAGCAGUGUCAAUAUGCAGGCCCCAAUCCACUUUGAACCUACACCAGACUUUGCUUAGCUUUGCAAAUAGUAGCUUUAUCCUUGAGUGAAGGGCAGUAUAUACAUUUAAUAAAUAAAUGCCUGAAGAACAGAAUGCAUAAAUAUUUAUUUUAUUUAUAUCCCACCUUUUCCUCCAAGGACCUCAAGGCCUUGGUUCUCCCCUCCCCAUUUUAUCCUCACAGCAACCCUGUGAGGUGGGGUUAGGCCAGGCUUCCUCAAACUCGGCCCUCUAGAUGUUUUGAGACUACAGUUCCCAUCAUCCCUGACCACUGGUCCUGCCAGCUAGGGAUCAUGGGAGUUGUAGGCCAAAAACAUCUGGAGAGCCAAGUUUGAGGAAGCCUGAGUAAGGCUGAGCGACAGGUCCAAGGUUCAUCCAGUGAUCUUCACAGCUAAGCGGGAAUUCAAACUCUGGUCUCCCAGGUCACACUCACAGCACCACUGCCUGGCAUGUGUGCUCCCAAGGGGCAGUCACCUGGGAAAUGUUACCUGUCUCUCUGACCUUAGAUUCUGGCAGCAGGGUAGCUGCUCCAGUUGCCCGAUGUGAAUGCCUUGUCAUAGAUGAUUGUAUUUUAGUGUUUUGUUGGAAGCCGCCCAGAGUGGCUGGGGAAACCCAGCCAGAUGGGCAGGGUAUACCCAGCCAGAUGGGCAGGGUAUAAAUAAUAAAUUAUUAUUAUUAUUAUUAUUCACAGUGGCAAGCGUAGCAGAUGUUGUGCCUCCCAGAUGUUGCUGGACUACAACUCCCAUCAUCCCUUAACGAUUGCCCAUCUUGUCUGGGGCGGGGGGAGGAAAAUGUUCAGCCCACAUCACCGCUUGGACUUGGAUGCACUGCAGAAAAUCUCUUGUGGGCCCUUGGGGAAGAGAUGAUGCUCUCAGGUGGCCCCCAAAAGACUGAUGCCUCUAUCCCCAACCUGAUACACAGUGCCGGAUGAACCCUGUGGAGGCCCCUAGGCAGUCAAAAUCUUGGGGGGGGGGGGGCCUUGCAAUAAUGUAGGCUUCUGAGUUAAUGGGAGUUUCUCUUCCAAAUUAAAAAUUCUUUGAGGAUGAAAUCAAUAUUAUUUUGAUCCGUUGUCGUGGGGCCCCUGGACCGGUGUCUACUCUGGCUAUUUGGUAAUCUGGCACUGCUGAUACGCUCCAGAUUUGUGGGACUAGCACCCCCAUCAGCCCCUGCCAGCAUAGCUGCAUGGUGCUGCUGCUGCUGAACAUCUGGAGGGCACCUGCAUUGCAGUUGGUUGGACUAGAUGACCCUCAGGGUCCCUUCCAACUCUACCAUUCUAUGCUUGGAAGCCUGGAACAGAUUGUGACCUGAUGCUGCUAGUUGGCGGCUGUUCCAAAGGCCCAACGGAAGUGUGAGGCUCUGCAGCUGAGGUUUGGGGUGAGCCCCAUAUUAUUGCUCCACCCCCAACCUUAAAUAAUGCCCCCUCCAAAACUGCUGGAGGGCGAGGGAAGGAAGGGCAGGGACUGGGGACUCCUGUUACCUGAUGCUCCUCUCUCUUUGCCCUCUAGGCUGGAUCUGGGGAACUGCUCGCUGCAGCAGCUGUGUUCCAGCUUCCAGGAGGCCAGCAUGGCUUUGCUCAUGUGAGUCCAUAAACACCUAAGAGGAGCCUGGCUGCUGGAUCAGGCCAGAGGGGCCCCAUCCAGUCCUGCAUUCUGUUCUCACAGUGGCCAGCCAGGUGCCUGUGGAACUCUCUGGCCUUCCAAGCCCUCUUUAGGCUCCUUUGUUCAGGCUGGAUUGGUGGGACGGAUCCAGCUCUUGGGUCCUAACCUGAAGUCGCCUGUCCUUCCCCCCCGGCCUUCUCAGAGGGAGCUGGAAUGACAGAGUUCUGGUCUCUGCUUGGCUUUGAAUUUGCUUGCUCACACGUAACACCAUGCAGAGAUUAGGCUGCCCUGGAAUAGGGUUGAGUCACAGUCUUGGUGCCCCAUUGUACAGAAAAGUAUUAGGAAGGGUGCCUGAGGUUUGUAUUCAAGCACCCUCUUCUGGGUUGUUCAUCUGCACCCCAUUUCAGGCUAGAAAUAAUGCCUCAAUGUGAUACACUUGCCCUGAGGUUUUGGUAGCCCAGUCCCAGAGGCGGCAGUGGCGCCCGUGUAAUGUGCCACACCAAAAAUGGUUAGCAGACCUUGGCAGGAGGUGAAGCGGUGAAUGGGGGUGCAAAGGGGCCCCAGCCCUGUGGCAGAGCAGGUGCCUUGAAUGCAGAAGGCCUCAGGUUCAACCUCGGGGGAGGGCAGAAGCAAGAAGGGCUGGUAAAAGCUUUCAUGCCCCAAACCCUGGAGCCGUGGCUCUCAAAGGGUGCGGUGCAAUGCUAUGAAUCACACACUGCUAGGAGCAGUUUCUUUUCAUUUUCCAAUGUAUUUCUUACCAGUUAAAAAGGUGGUGCAGCCAAAGCAAAUUUUUAUUCUGUGGCGCAGAGAAAAAAGUAUGAGAACCAUUGCCCUAGAGAGCCCCUGUCAGUGGGCCUGACUCUGCAAAAGGCCGUUUCCUGUGUUUCCGUACCAGAGCGCAGGGCCUGACUGUGCUUCCUCCUUCUCAAUGCAGCGACCUGACUGACAACCCUCUGGAGCCUCUCCCUGAAGACGCCUUCCGGGGCUUCACCCAACUGCAGACCCUGUGAGUGGGGUGGAGAGCUGGGCUGGGGGCUCCUGCUUCUCCUGGACUGUGCCAGCUGAGCCUGAGGGUGAUGGCUUCCCCUGGUGCUGCUGCCUCCUGGGAAACAGCAGCUUAGUGGUGGCCGGGAAGCUUUUUGUGGCUCCCGUGGCCCCUUGCUGCAGGGCAGGCCCCUGGGACAUGGCUUCCAAGUCUUGCUGCUGGGACAGUUGGGGGGAAACCAGUCCUGGACUUGGUGAGAUUCAAAAUUCUCCUUGAUCCGCAGAGCUCUGCCCCUGACGCUGGAUUGCCCGGGAGGCAACGAAGGCUGGGACAACGUCACCGUCCAAGGAAGCAGCCGGAUCUGCCACGGCCAGAGGAACCCCUGCAACGGCUCAGGGGGGCUCGGUAUGGAGGGGGUGGGCAGGGGCUGGCCUACUUGGGUGCUGGAGGAGCAGCCUCAUGUGGAAUGGGGGGGGUCAGGGCAGCUGUGGGGCGCAGUAAGCAUCGCUUUGGGAAGCCACCAAAGUCCUUCCUAUAUCCGCCGCACUGAAGGAGCUGCAGGAUGAUGCUGUGUGAAGUGUUGCGUUCCCAAAGCAAGGAAGGAUUGGACUCUGAUUCAUAGAAUACACACGAGGCUUGACCAGCCAGACUCUGGGAGGGGUGGCAAUAAUAAUCCUGUCUAGCCCUUGGCCCAGGUCGUUUUAUUCACAAAAGAAUUUUUUAAACAGUGUUCGUAAGAACCAAUCAGAUUUCCUCUGAGCAUUUCAAAAACCCCACGUGGGACAAAGUCAGAUCAGAAGAAAUCCUGUUAACUACAAAGAAACUAUUUCCUACUUGAGCAUGCAUACGUGGUUAAUUUAAAUAAACAGGAGCCAAGUUAGAAAUGCAUUUAGUGCCCCCAGAGCUCAUAAACCCCUAGGAAAGAAAGCUGCAUUUACCAUCUCCAUGAAAACUCUCUUCCUGGCCCUUAAGAUCUAUCUAAAGCUACACAAAAGCUACAUCAAAGUUACCUCCUAUCUUUAUGGCUCAGGAAGCCUGGUGAAGCCACCAGUCUGUGUUCUAGAAUGCUUUACGUGCCUGUCAGGCGUAGAAAAUGGACAGUAGAGAAGAUGGGGCAGAGAUGCAGAGGCUUGAGGGAUUUGGUCAGAAAUUAUUGUCAACGAAUCAAGCCCAGUCACAGCAAUGCUUUCAUCGCGGACACAAUGGCGUGCUCCAUUUUUCAUAAUUCCUCAUUGCAAUCCCACCUGACCCCCACAGUGUAGGAAUUGGAGCCGUGCUGAGCGCAAAGGUGCACCCAAGGGACACCCUCCUCCUCCAACACCCCUUUUGCAUCAGGAGAGCGUGAAUGCCACACAACGUGCAUUUGAGUGCUGCCAGCACUGGGUCUUCCUGGGCAGGGCUCUCCCUUCUUCAUGGCUGACAAUACAUGACUGUGCAUUCUUAGAGAUACAGCCUGAGGUGCAGGAGUGGGAGGGGGGGGUCUGAACCAUUCAGGGGUUCCAGAAUUGCCCUGUGGACCGAGAGCAACCCACCCUGGGACCUGGCCAUGGUGCCGUGUCUGUUUGGUGUUCAGAUCAGGCCACAAGCAGCGCUGAGAGAGCUCAGGGGAGGGCAGGAAAACAGUCCAGAGUCCAGGGCCAUCCCAGAAUCCCUCAUACCACAUGGCCCAGUUGCUCAGGGCGACCGCCUGUCUCCUUCGAGGCAUAACUCUAGAACGGACCGCGGCAGCUCUUUUGUGUUUCUGCCAAGGGCUAAAGGUAAAGGGACCCCUGACCAUUAGGUCCAGUCGUGGACGACUCUGGGGUUGCGGCGCUCAUCUCGCUUUACUGGCCGAGGGAGCUGACGUACAGCUUCCGGGUCAUGUGGCCAGCAUGACUAAGCCGCUUCUGGCGAACCAGAGCAGUGCACGGAAACGCCGUUUUCCUUCCCGCCGGAGCGGUACCUAUUUAUCUGCUUGCACCUUGACGUGCUUUCGAACUGCUAGGUUGGCAGGAGCAGGGACCAAGCAAUGGGAGCUCACCCCGUCGUGGGGAUUCGAACCGCUGACCUCCUGAUCGGCAAGCCCUAGGCUCUGUGGUUAAACCCACAGUGCCACCCGCGUCUCUUUGGUGUUCCUGCCAAGGGCUGCAGGAGGGGAGGGCAGAUGCAUCUGGCUCGUGGGGCACCAGCUGCCAGGAGCUUCUCCUGCACAAGACCUGUGGCCUUGCGUGGGACGUUCUGCUCAGACCUCGCUGGAACCGAGGGGAGCCCUGCAAGGACCUGGGGAGCUCCCUGGGGGGAGGUCUCAUUGCCUCCACCACCGAGACAUCAUGGCCUGGCCCUGGUAGCCCAAAAGGAGGCUGGUCGAAUCCUGCGUGCAGGUUUCCCAUAACAGGCACGUGGUCGGCCAGUGUAAGAACAGGGCACUAGACUGGAUUUGCCCCUAGCCUGACCCAGCGGGCUUCUCUUCUGUUCUUCUAGAACCUCCAGGUCCAGAGACAGUCUACCUGGAUUCCGAGGUUCUUUGGGUAUUUGGCCACUGUAGGACGAGAUGCUGGACUAGUUGGGCCACUGGCCUGAUCCCGCAGACUCGUCUUAAACAUUCCUCACCUGCAGGAUGUGGGGGAAGUCACGCUCCCUUGUCCUCUUCCUCCCGCAGGCCACCUGUGCCCAAAGGACUCCUUGUGUUCCCACGACGGGCCCGGCUUGCCCCAGUGCCUCUGCACCAGCCCCCACUACGGCUACAAGUGCCUGCGCCAGGUGAGCUGCCCCAGAGGGUGGGGGGCUUUGUGUUUGAGAGGAGGGGUGCAAAGAGGGGGCCGGGGGGUGUGCUACUCAACUGGAGCAGAGCGGCUUUUUUCCUGCCCCAGGAAAGCCUGGGGGCAGGGAGACAGUGGAGGCCAGGAAUGCAGGGCCGCUGCCCCCCACCCUGGCCCAACGGCGGGAGCCCUGCAGCUGUGUGGGCGGCUCAGGGUUGCAGGUUUGAACCCCACGAUGGAAAAAAAGAUUCCUGCAUUGUAGGGGGUUGAACCAGCGUCUUUUCAGCCCUGGCCCCGACUUGGAGGAACGCUCUGUCCCAAGAGACCAGGGCCCUGCAGGAUUUGACAUCUUUCCGCAGGGCCUGCAAGACAGAGCUGUUCCGCCUGGCCUUUAGUCUGGACUCAGUCUGACCCUUAUGUUUCCCUCCCCUUAUGGUCUUGAUUUAUUGGCUACUUUAAAAUGAGGCUGCAUUUUAAAUUGCAUUUUAACCUGUAUUUUAAAUUGGUUUUUUCCCUUAUUAUGUUUUAACUGUAAUUUUACUGGUGUUAGCCGCCCUGAGCCCAGCUCUGGCCGGGGAGGGCGGGGUAUAAAUUAUUAUUAUUAUUAUUAUAUGACCCUCAGGGACCCUUCCAACUCAACCAAUUUAUGAUUCUCUCGUUCCGCAAAAAGACCCUCGACCCAGCCAGGUCCCGCGGCAGCCCCCAGUCUAUGGCGCUGCCCCCUGCCGGCCUUCCCCAGACUGGCUCGGGUGUUGGGGGGCCUUGGGGGCUGCCCCAAGAGGAGAAACGUCUAACUCACCUUUCUUUUCCAGGGCACCUUCCCCUACCUGCUGUUCUUUGGAGCCUUGGGAGCCGUCACCAUCGCCCUCUCCCUCCUCCUGUGGGUCACCCAGAGGCGGAAGGCGAAGGUUUCCUAGAGGCUCUCUUCUCUCCCCUCCUCCUGGCCUGCGGCUGGACAGACACCCUUUGGCUUGGCCAAAAGUUUGUAAUAAAGUCUGGAACACAGAGAGGAAUGGUCCUUGUGGCGGAACCGAACCCCCAGGGCUCAGGGGUCUCUGCCGUGGGGCUGCUGGCCAGAGGGUCCCAGAGGAAGAGGCACCCUGGGCCCCCCCCUUCUCCGCCAAGGCCGCUCUGAUAUCUUGGGAUUCUCACAGGGGGCAGAACCUGCAUCUCACAAGCCUUGCUGCAGUUGCUUCCUCCGAACCCCCAAAAGGCCUCAUGGAUGGGGUCCCUGACGCAGUGCAUGGGACUCUCUCCCAGAAAACCCGCCGGGCGCUAUUUCCCUAGAAAGGUUUGUCCGUUGCCCCCCAGGAAGAGUCAAGCUGGAGACAGGGCAGCUGUGCGUUGACAUCCUCACCCGCAAUUGCCGAAAUGAAGGAACUUCACACUUUCGCUUCUGUGUGUUGACGGCGAGUUGGAAAUGCAGAGGCAGCAGCCCCCUGUGAGCUGCUCACGGCCACCUCCGGUUCAUUCCAGGCAUUUAAACAGCAUUGCCCAAAGGUUGCAUAAGAACUUUGUUUUUAUUUUGAAAUAUUUUUUGUUUUUAUCAAUACAAAUUUACAAUCCAACAAUUAUAUAAUUGUCUCUUGAGAUUCUCUGAAUUGCUUGGCUUCCCCCCGUCCCCUAGAAUGGUUCCUUAUUAAAAUGUUUCUUCUUCUUCUUUGGCGAUCCCUCGUAGCUGAGUAAAAUUGUCUUCCAUAAACACAGUUUUAACAAUGAGUCUGUGAGUGACUGUGGAGGCCAUUUCUGGACCCACAUGUCCUUCCACAGUGGGGACAGAGGUUUCUGGGCAGGAGUUGAUCCCGGUGAGGAUUUGCCAAGCGUGCCUUUCUCUUAGCACGUUUGCCCCUUGCGUCCUGAGUUCGAGUGUCUUCAAAGCCCAGGACACCUUUGGUGAAGGCUCUUCUCCAGUUGGAGUUCUUCUGUUCUCCAAAUUUCAAUUUCCAAAUCAUCCAUGCUUUCAUUACAUUACAAGUGAGUCUCAGAGUCCAGCUAAAGUUUCAAUUUGAUUACAAUGGUCUCCUAAAUAAAUUAUGAAUUUCCCCCAUUAUUUUUAUUAAAUCUUAUCCUCUU